AAAGGCCAGACUGUUCCCCAAAUUAGUGUGUAAUUAGUGCGUUUUGUGUUUCAAUCUUUGGGGCUUUCUGGAAUUGUGUCUUUCUCUCUUCCCAUGGGGUGUUGAAGUUGAAGAUUUUAAUAGAUCGAACCAAUCAAACAACCUCUCUUCAUUCCCAUGGGAAGUUGCGUUUGUACACCUGCCAAAGCAGGUUUACUACACAAAAAACACAGAGAUCAGGUGAUCAAGCCUAUACCCCAAUGCGUUCAUGACUCGCCUCAAAAGUCGUCGAACCACCGCGGGGGCUUCUCGGCCCCCAUCUCGGUGCUGGACAAGACGGAUGGAGAAAACAUCCUUGACAAGUACAAGUUGGGCAAGGAGUUGGGGCGAGGGGAGUUUGGAAUCACCCACCGAUGCGUGGACCGGCAGACCGGCGAGACCUUCGCGUGCAAGGUGAUAUCAAAGAGCAAGUUGAAGACAGAGAUUGACAUUGAAGACGUGAGGAGGGAGGCCGAGAUCAUGAGGCUUUUGCCCAAGCACCCCAACAUCGUCACCUUCAAGGAGGCUUAUGAGGACAAGGAUGCAGUUUAUCUUGUCAUGGAGCUCUGUGAGGGAGGCGAGCUUUUCGAUAGGAUCGUCACAAAAGGCCUCUACACGGAGCGCGCCGCCGCCCACGUUACCAAGACAAUUCUCGAGGUUUGCAAGGUAUGCCACGAGCAUGGAGUGAUUCAUCGAGACCUGAAACCCGAGAAUUUCCUUUUUGCAGAUAGUAGUGAAAAUGCACAGUUAAAGGCAAUUGAUUUUGGUCUAUCAGUAAAUUAUGAACCAGGUCAGAGAUUCUACGAAAUUGUUGGAAGUCCAUAUUACAUGGCUCCAGAGGUAUUACGACGUAAUUAUGGGCCUGAAGUUGAUGUUUGGAGCGCAGGAGUUAUCCUCUAUAUCCUACUUUGUGGAGUUCCUCCAUUUUGGGCAGAAACUGAAGAAGGGAUUGCACAGGCUAUUAUUCGGGGUAACAUUGAUUUUCAGAAGGAUACGUGGAAAAAGGUUUCUGAGGAAGCAAAAUUACUAGUGAGGAGUAUGCUUGACCCAAAUCCUUACAACAGACUCACAGUUGAAGAAGUCCUUGAUCAUCCCUGGAUACGAAAUGCAAAUCAAGUUCCGAAUGUUCCUCUGGCAGAAAAUGUCAGAUUAAGGAUCAAGCAGUUCACAUUGAUGAAUAAAUUUAAGAAGAAAGUUCUCAGAGUGGUGGCAGACAACCUGCCAGAUGAACAAAUAGAAGGAAUCAGACAGAUAUUUGAUAUGAUGGACACCGAUAACAAUGGAGACUUGACAUUUGAAGAGCUUAGGGAUGGUCUUCUCAAGAUUGGACACCAAGUCACUGAUCCUGAUGUGCAAAUGUUAAUUGAUGCCGCGGAUGUCGAUGGAAGUGGCACACUGAACUGUGAGGAGUUCGUUAUUGUGUCUGUUCACUUGAAAAAAAUAAGCAGCGACGAACUUCUCGCUCAAGCUUUUAGCUAUUUUGACAAGAACAACAGCAACUAUAUUGAAUUUGAUGAGUUAAGAGAAGCAUUGCUGGAUGAUAAACUUGGUCCUACUAAUGAGCAGGUUAUCCAAGACAUCAUAUUCGAUGUGGACUUGGACAAGGAUGGGCGAAUCGGUUAUGAGGAGUUUAAAGCAAUGAUGAAAACCGGUAUGGACUGGAAAAUGGCUUCUCGUCAAUAUUCAAGAGCAAUGCUAAAUGUACUUAGCCGAAAGUUGUUAAAAGACAAGUCGAUCCGAGUGAACUAAACCAGAAUAGGAGCUGCUUUGAAAUUUUUUUUUUUUGUCCCCAAAACGAAGACAUUGUAAAAUUUGAGGAUCAUUUGUCUCAAAAUGCCAUCUCUCCAGUUGUGUACAGUGAAAUUUAUGUUCUUGUGCAAUUGAAAUGGAAGAUGAUGUUGGGGAAUGCAAGUAUUGGUUGUUGUAAUGAGAUAAAUUUGAUUAGUUUUAUUCUUUUUAGAGAAAA